ACCAGGCCGAUAGAUUAAGAGCUUAUCUAUCCCGGCAAAGGCUUCCUUAAUCCCGUACUUAGAAGGUCAUGUCUCAGCUGUGCAAGCUAGAAAAGUGGCCAGGCGCUAGCUGACACUGACAGGCACACUACACCCAACAGCUAGCUUUUAGCACCAAUUUCAUUCAGUUAGCUGUAACUAUUGCAAAUAUGCAGGAAUGGGCGAAUCAGUUAUGCGAGAAUCGACAAUUUGGAUCCAAGAUGACGGACUCCAAGUACUUCACCACUACCAAGAAAGGGGAGAUCUUCGAGCUCAAGGCAGAGCUAAACAGUGAUAAGAAAGAGAAGAAGAAGGAGGCUGUGAAGAAAGUGAUUGCAUCUAUGACAGUUGGCAAGGAUGUCAGCGCUCUGUUCCCAGAUGUUGUGAACUGCAUGCAGACAGACAACUUGGAACUGAAAAAGCUGGUCUACCUCUACCUGAUGAACUAUGCUAAGAGUCAGCCAGACAUGGCUAUCAUGGCUGUUAACACCUUUGUAAAGGACUGUGAAGACCCCAACCCUCUAAUCCGGGCCCUUGCUGUUCGUACAAUGGGCUGCAUCCGUGUGGACAAGAUCACGGAGUACCUCUGUGAGCCUCUGAGGAAAUGUCUGAAGGACGAAGACCCAUAUGUCAGAAAGACAGCUGCUGUGUGUGUAGCAAAGCUCCAUGAUAUCAACGCCCAGUUGGUGGAGGACCAAGGGUUCCUGGACACUCUUAAAGACCUCAUCUCUGACUCCAACCCCAUGGUUGUAGCAAAUGCAGUGGCUGCACUGUCUGAGAUAGCAGAGUCUCACCCCAACAGUAAUCUGCUGGACCUGAACCCUCAGACCAUCAACAAGUUACUGACAGCUUUAAAUGAGUGUACGGAGUGGGGACAGAUAUUCAUUCUCGACUGCCUGGCCAAUUACACACCUCGCGAUGACCGCGAGUCCCAAAGCAUCUGUGAGCGUGUGACCCCACGACUUUCACAUGCCAACUCUGCAGUGGUGUUGUCAGCAGUUAAAGUUUUAAUGAAGUUCAUGGAGAUGCUGCCCAAAGACUUGGACUACUAUGGCACUCUGCUGAAAAAGCUCGCCCCUCCACUGGUUACCCUCCUCUCUGCUGAGCCCGAAUUGCAAUAUGUAGCCCUCAGAAACAUCAACCUCAUCGUACAGAGACGCCCAGAGAUCCUGAAACACGAGAUGAAGGUUUUCUUUGUUAAGUACAAUGACCCAAUCUAUGUCAAACUGGAGAAGCUGGACAUCAUGAUACGCCUAGCAUCUCAAGCUAACAUCGCCCAGGUCCUGGCUGAGCUGAAGGAGUACGCCACUGAGGUGGAUGUGGACUUUGUUCGUAAAGCGGUCAGAGCCAUUGGCCGCUGUGCCAUCAAAGUAGAGCAAUCAGCAGAGCGCUGUGUCAGCACACUGCUAGACCUCAUCCAAACCAAGGUCAACUAUGUGGUGCAGGAGGCCAUUGUGGUCAUCAAGGACAUCUUCCGCAAGUACCCCAACAAGUAUGAGAGUGUGAUCGCCACUCUGUGUGAAAAUCUGGACUCCCUAGAUGAGCCAGAGGCACGCGCUGCCAUGAUCUGGAUUGUGGGAGAGUAUGCUGAGCGCAUCGAUAAUGCUGAUGAGCUGCUGGAAAGCUUUUUGGAGGGUUUCCACGAUGAAAGCACUCAGGUGCAACUGCAGCUACUGACAGCAAUUGUCAAGCUGUUCCUGAAAAAGCCGACAGAAACCCAGGAGCUAGUGCAGCAGGUGCUCAGCCUAGCCACACAGGACUCAGAUAACCCAGACCUCAGGGACCGCGGUUACAUCUACUGGCGUCUGCUCUCUACAGACCCUGUGGCUGCUAAGGAGGUGGUUCUGGCUGAGAAGCCCUUGAUCUCUGAGGAGACUGAUCUGAUUGAGCCCACAUUGCUGGAGGAGCUCAUCUGUCAUAUUGGCACUCUGGCCUCUGUCUACCACAAGCCUCCCAGUGCCUUCGUUGAGGGCAGCCGUGGUGUUCAGCACAAGAGACUCCCUGGCAGCAGUGGAUCUGGGGAGAGUGUUGACAGCCCAGAAACAGGUUCUGCUGCUGGAGUGUCAGAGGCUCCCCCUGCUGUCAUCCCAUCUCAGGGAGACCUCUUGGGAGAUUUGCUUAAUCUGGACCUGACACCGCCUACUGCCACCGCACCAGCCCCCUCAUCUGGGAUGCAGAUGGGUGCAAUGGACCUUCUUGGAGGAGGACUUGACAGCCUGCUUGGUGGAGACCUUGGUGGAGCAAGCCCUGCUAUGGGGGCUGGUUUUGGUGCACCGCCAGCUGCUAUGCCGGCGUCUUUCAAUGCCCCUGUGAGUGGCGGUCUGGAUGACCUGUUUGAUCUUGGAGGUGGAGUUGGUAUGCCCAUGGGAGCUUACAGCCCUCCUAAAACAGUUUGGCUUCCAGCCAUGAAGGCAAAGGGUUUGGAGAUAUCUGGGACGUUUGCUCGCCGUGCUGGAGUCAUCCAAAUGGAGAUGACCCUCACUAAUAAAGCUAUGAGUGUCAUGACUGAUUUUGCCAUCCAGUUCAACAGAAACAGCUUUGGUCUCGCUCCGGCUGGUCCACUCCAGGUUCUUACUCCUCUUAGCCCAAAUCAGAGUGUUGAAGUGACCCUUCCCCUCAGUACUGUGGGACCUGUCAUGAAGAUGGAACCUCUCACUAACCUGCAGGUGGCUGUCAAGAACAACAUUGACGUAUUCUACUUCAGCUGCCAGUACCCCAUCAGCAUGCUGUUCGUUGAGGAUGGGAAGAUGGAGCGACAAGUGUUCCUGGCCACAUGGAAAGACAUUCCUAAUGACAACGAGUCCCAGUUUCAGAUCAAAGACUGCCAUCUCAGCUCAGAUGCCGCCUCCAAUAAACUGCAGGGUAGCAAUGUUUUCACCAUAGCCAAGCGUACAGUGGAGGGUCAGGACAUGCUCUAUCAGUCGAUGAAACUCACUAAUGGCAUCUGGGUGCUUGCUGAGCUGAGGGUACAGACAGGAAGCCCAAACUACACGGUCUCUCUGAAGUGCAGAGCUCCAGAGGUUUCCCAGUGUGUGUUCCAGAGCUACGAGGUGAUGCUGAAGAACUGAGAGACGCCCCUGUGACGACCAAGCUGCUGCCCUCACAGACUCUCCCUCACCUGACCCUUGAAACCGUAUCACAACUUCACGCGGUGCAGGAGUCAUUUCCUGCUGUGCCGGGCCUGGAGUCUGCACUCUGUAUGUCAUUCAGAUGUUUAAUUAGGAAGGUUAAUGAUGAUUUCUGUCCUUUUUUUUUUUUUUUUACCCCCAUCACUGUUUUUUCCCCCCUAAAACGGCAGGCAUUUCUGGUUCACUGUCUCUCACUGUCCUGUCCUCUUUUUGUUCACACACAACUUGCAGCUUCAGGACAUUAUCUCUUGAACGCUGUCACCCUGAACUGGCCUCUCCUCCCUGUGAGGGCCAUCCUGUGAUGACCUUUAUUCUUUUGGAGACAGACGGCUGUAUGACUGGUAUUCCCUUGACUGUUUCCUCUGCAUGAGCCUCUUUAAUCAUUAUCUAACCCCAAUUCUCUGCAAAUUGGAGUCUAUUUUCAGUGCUGCAGCCAGCAGGUGCAUCAUCACCGUCGGCGUAUUUAUUUAGGGUACAUUCAAUUAAAACGCGGCAGAAAAAGGCUUUAACUCUCCCUCCGCCUGUGUGAAGUGGAAGGUGGUUGUUUGGGCCUCAAAUGAGACACAUAAAUACUUACAAACUACAUUAUUGUUGUCUUUUGUCUUUUUGUAGUUUUCUUUAGUGUCUGUGGUCAGCAAUGGGAUCACAACCUCUGCUGUCCCUGAAAAUCUGAAUGUCUGAAGUGUGUGCCUGUUGGUGUGUCUUUCUUAUAAUUUGUAUAUUUUAUAGACUAGCAGCAGUUUUAAACUGCUUGCUCUCUUACUUAGUCAUUCCAUAGUUUAAUUUGUGUUUGUAGUCUUGUUGGCGCACAUGUGGCAAACUGCGAGAGAGCCUCAGGCGUUAGCGACAGCCACUUGGACCGUCUCUGUCCCUUUGCCCCAUGUGUGUCCUCAUAGCAGCUUUAGCAGUAACAUGGCUACCUGAGAUGAAGGCUCAGGUGAGAUAGCUCUAAACGUAGGAUGUUAUGGUUUGUAAGACUUCUGAGUAAUAAGUGUACGUGCAGGUAGCAGCACACUGUCUUUGCUGAAAGGAGGCUAGUUCAACAUCCAGUAUCCCUGUUUUACCUGCAGACUCUGGAUUAAUUGGAUUCUUUUUUUCCCCGAGUCAUUACGCUGAAGCCCUCUUUAUCGGCUCUACGGGAUGUUUGCUAAGGCCUAAAGAUUACAACGGAGGAGGCUGUAUAUUCUGAGUGUGUCUUUGUGUGUGGUGACAGCUGAUUCAUAUGCAAUGCUGUAAGAAAAAAAGAAAAAAAAAGAAAAGAAAUCAAGUGUUUAAUCAGAUGCUUUUGAUUGACAUGAUUUUGUUCAUUGUGUGUACAUCAUUUGAAACAGAACUAUUAAAAUCUUGAUAAAUUCA